CAACUAGACUUCUGUGCGGUUCAGGAUUUUGGAGAGGAGGAGCGCGCACUUUUUCCUCAUUUCACUACUACGUUACCCCGCUGUCACGCUUACAUCACGUCGUCGCAACAUCUGGCCGCCGUAUCCAAACUAUACAAUAUUUGGCACUUUUGGCUUCUCUACCGCGAUUAUCUUGCUAUUGGUUUUCUGUGUGACCAUCAACCAUGUUGAUCAUUUUGGCCCUUAUCAUCCUCUUCCAUGUCACUUCAGUGAUAUUACUCUUCACAGCAACCAUCAAUAAUGUAUGGUGGGUUUCAGGUAAUUCCUACAUGGAUCUCUGGUACCACUGCAACGAAACAAGCUGUAAUGAAAUACCAAACAGUUCAACAAUUCAUGGAGUUUAUCUUCAGGCUGUGCAGGCCACCAUGAUUCUGUCCACUAUCUUGUGCUGUGUGGGCUUCUUUGUCUUUAUUCUUCAGCUCUUCCGUCUGAAGCAGGGCGAGAGAUUUGUCUUUCCAGCAAUCGUUCAGCUCAUGUCCGGUGGAUUACUCUGUGGCUAUAGAGAAAAAUUCCUAGAUCUUGUUAAAGGUGCAAAUAGGAAGAAAAAUACAAUAGAAGUCAAUGGCUGCAGUCAACCAUGUGGUUACCAUCAGAGCCAGGAGUCUGAGAAAGGGGAUUAUGGGUACUGCUUUGUCUUGGCCUGGGUGGCAUUCCCCAUGACGCUGCUUAGCGGCUUGAUGUAUCUAGUGCUAAGAAAACGCAAAUAAAGCACAACAACACUCCACCUCACUGGCUGCCACCGGCUAAAGCCUUAGCGAAGAGACUUUAUUUGUAAUGAUUCUUGUUUUUUAUUAUGUAGAUUAAAUUCAUGCCAAAGUUAAAAUGAAGAAUAGAUAAACAUUUAAUCACUGCAUACUGGAAACAUAAUUAGAUUUUCUUCAUGGUAUGUUAAGUAGUCUUUUAACCUUGUGUGUAAUUUUGUUCUGCUAGCCCCUCUGGCAAAAAAUAGGCUGUGAUUUAGAAGGGUAAAAUAGGGUGCAGAGGAAAGAAGAUAAAUGUGGCAGGUAUCUGUAAUGAGUAAUAUUUAUAACAUGAAACCACUAUAGGCUGGACAACCCACCUGUCCUUAAGGCUUGCAGGUAUUCAUAAAAAACACAUUGGCCUUAAUACUAUCGCCUGUUUUGCACUGCACACGCAAGAUUACAGCAGCAUGGUGGUGCAGAGUAAGUUGAAAUUCAGCGCUAAACCUGAUAGAAAAUAUGUUGGAAAAUGUUUUUAUAAUGUAGGAUUUUAUGACUGCGCUUUACUUGCAUUGACUUACAUUACAUGCUGCUAAAGGCCACAGUGUGAAACAGGCCUUAGUGUGUGUGUGAAGUAAAAAUGUUUCCUGGUCAUUACAGCCUGACUGUACAUGGAAAAAUGAAUUAAUAACAAUAACAACAACAUAUGACAUUAUAUUGUGCUGCCAAUUUGCUGAGCACUAUAUCAUACUUGAAGCUGAACAAAUUGUCAAUAUUAGUGGCACGAUGUGUUCUUGUGUAUAGCUAUUUUGUAAAAUAGUCUUUUAGUGUUGACUAGUUAUAUAUUGCAUGUUUUUAUUUGCAACAUUUAGUUUGAAAUCAAUAUUUUAACAUAAGUACAAAUUUUAAUUCCUUAAGCAUCGUAACUAAACAUGAUUGGGCAUAUAGGAUUUAUGUUAAGUAAAGAAAAUAAGAUCUUAAGAUGGUGUUGAUGAAGCACACCAAUAGUUACAGUUUUUCCCAGUCUGUUUGUUUGAUCAUCAUCGGAUCAUUUAUGGAAAAAGCAUUUAUCUAAAAUGAAAUGGUCAAAAGUGAAAUUAAGCUGUAUUUAUUAAGACUAACUGCAUUGUCGCUGUUAAUAUUUGUUGUUAUGAAGUAUUAUUUCAACAGGCCUAAAUGUCUUUCUUUCGCUUGAAAAGGUUUAAAUGAACAUUAGUGACGGCUUUUAUCAUUGGAAUGAAACUACAAUGGCAGCUUUUUUCUUUUUUUAAUGUUUGCUAACUUGUUCAGGUCUGUUUUGUUUCCGAAGACUGACCCCACCAAGGUCUCAAUACUUCUUUUUUAAUCAAAUAAAUGUAUUUUACAUUAACGAAA